CUCUGGCCCCGGUAGGGAGAGGAGCCGCCGCCAUGUCCGCGCAUCUGCAAUGGAUGGUCGUGCGGAACUGCUCCAGUUUCCUGAUCAAGAGGAACAUGCAGACGUACAGCACCGAGCCUAAUAACCUGAAAGCCCGCAACUCCUACCGCUACAACGGGCUGAUACACCGCAAGACGGUGGGUGUCGAGCCCGCUGCCGAUGGCAAGGGGGUUGUGGUGGUCCUGAAGCGGAGGUCAGGCCAGCGGAAGCCUGCCACCUCCUAUGUUCGGACCACCAUUAACAAGAACCCCCGGGCCACACUCAGGAGCAUCCGGCACAUGAUCCGAAAGAACAAGUACCGCCCUGACCUUCGCAUGGCUGCUAUCCGCAGAGCCAGUGCCAUCCUACGCAGCCAGAAGCCUGUGAUGGUGAAGAGGAAGCGGACUCACCCCAUCAAGAGCUCCUGAGCACCCCUGGCCCAGAGCAAUAAAGAGAACUG